CGGUGAUCUCUCGCACCGCAGACCCCGCAGCAGCACGAGCACAGCGGAGGCCCGAGGAGAGCCCCGGAGGGCGGGAGAAACGGGAUCAACGUGGACCGGAUCGGUGAUCCACGGAGACACCUUUUUUUGGGGGGGUAAUUUUUGGAUCCAGAGGGACACCGGGCGGGGAGGGGGGGCCCGCAUGAUUCCUCACUGUCCGGCUGUAAUGAUGGUGGUGAUGCACCGGGAGCAGCGCGGCGGAUUCCUGCAGACACACUGCACCAAGAGCCCGCAACCGAGAGCGAGCUGCUGCUGCAUGGUCAGACGCGUCUCUCCAUCAGAGCCUCACCGACACAAACCCGGAUUUCCACACCGAAGCUUGACCCAAACAACCGGGUAACAGCUUAUCUCGCGAGCUCCAUUCAUACUCCACCCCGGCUGCGGGAUGAGACGGGGGUUUGCAGAGCUGCUGUGAACCGAGCCUGCGUUUUCCUGCACCGGGUUUGAUGUGCAUGCACUGGCUGUUCUGAGCCAACGGACCAGAGAGGGGGGGAAGAUGUUGGUGCGAUGUUACCGUUGCAAGCUGUCGGUGUGGGCCGCUCUGUGCGUGCUGGUGCUCUGCUGGUUCUACGUUUUCCCCAUUUACAGACUCCCCCGCGAUAAGGAGAUAGUGGAGGAGGUGCUGAGGCAGGGAGAAGUGUGGCACAAGAACCAGACGGGGAUCGAUUUGUACAGGAAGCUGCUGACAGAAUGCUGCGAUCCACGGAGGAUGUUUGCAGUGACCAAGGAGAACUCCCCCAUCGGCAAGGUCCUGUGGUACGAUGGCGAGUUUUACCACUCGCACACUGUCAACAAUGAGACCUACUCGCUCUUUGUACAGGACAACCCUCUGCAGCUGCCCCUGAAGAAGUGUGCUGUGGUCGGCAAUGGCGGCAUCCUCCGGCACAGCAAAUGUGGACGGGACAUCGACCAGGCCGACUUCAUCAUGCGGUGCAACCUUCCACCGUUGUCAAAGGAAUAUGUGGAGGACGUGGGAACCAGAACACACCUGGUCACAGCCAACCCCAGCAUCAUAGAGAAAAGAUUUCAGAACCUUCUCUGGUCGAGAAAGGCUUUUGUUGACAGUAUGAAGGUCUACGGCUCCAGCUACAUCUACAUGCCAGCAUUCUCCAUGAAGCCUGGCACCGACCCGUCGCUGCGGGCGUAUUACGCCCUGGCGGACACCUCCUCCAACCUCACCAUGCUCUUUGCCAACCCGGAGUUCCUGCGCACAGUGGGGAAAUUCUGGAAGGCCCGUGAUGUGCAUGCCAAGCGCCUCUCCACAGGGCUCUUCCUGAUCAGCUUGGCCUUGGGGCUUUGCGAGGAAGUGACGGCCUAUGGCUUCUGGCCAUUUUCUGUCGGCCUGGACGAGCAGCCGGUCAGCCACCAUUACUACGACAACAUCCUGCCGUACAAAUGGUUCCACGCCAUGCCGGAGGAGUUUGUCCAGCUUUGGCACCUGCACAAAAGUGGCACACUACGCAUGAGAGUGGGACACUGCCCCCCUCCGGAAGGAGGGAGUUAGAGCUUCCUGAUGAGAUGGCAGUCAGUCGAGUGGGCCGCAGGAAGCAGAUGAAGAUUGAGAAGCGGCAGGAAGUUGUCGACGUGACAAAAAUGGCAGCGUAUAUUUCCUCUGAGGAGCACUGCAUCUGUGUCCAUACACACUCCUGCUGCCCCCCAAAGCUAAUCCCUAAUUAUCAUAAGAAUGUCCUCCACCCAGACCAGCAGCAUCAGGGACAGAACCGACACACAUUCCCAAAACUUGCCAUAUCUCCUCUCCUUGUUUCUGAAAUUGUGUGUGCAUGGAUGUUUAUAUGUCGAAAACCUCAGCUGGGACUAAAAAGGGUGAAAGUGUGUGGGGUUGGAUGGGGUUUUUUGUAUGCUGACUACUGUAUCUGACUGACAUAUGGGGCAGCUGGACCAAACCCCCCUCUGGGUCUUUGUCAAGCAGAGACAGAAGGAGUGGAGGACCAGGGGG